GACCUUGGUAUUAACAUGUCUUAUCUCUUGCUUCCGUCUAGGACCGAUCAUUUGAGAGAACAUUCGAAGAAAGUUCAAAAACCGUGAUCAAAUCGUUUACGUCUGGAGUUCCGUUUCUUGCAUUGAGUAGUGAAUUACUGGAAUUCUCUACCGGAACACGACGAGAUUGAACCUCCACAGUACUGCAAACUGCAAAGAUUAAUAUAGGUCGACAGACCUCCUAUCCUUAUUACUGAAGACUGAAGGCCGCAGUUACUUGCGCCAGUAUUGAAGGUCGUCGAACCUUUUCGGAAUGAAAUGGUGCUGGUUGAAUUUUUGUUACUGUAUCUUCUCUGUUUUGUUGUCAAGUAUUAGCUUGUCGUACGGAAGACACACAUCAAAUUGGGCUGUUCUUGUAGAUACUUCGCGGUUCUGGUUCAACUAUCGACAUAUAAGCAAUGUCCUUUCAAUUUAUCGAAGUAUCAAGCGCCUCGGAAUACCAGAUAGCCGUAUUAUUUUGAUGGUGGCUGAUGAUGCAAGUUGUAGCUCGAGAAAUCCGAGACCAGCAACAAUCUUCAACAGUCCUUACAGUCGGGUAAAUUUGUAUGGCGAAGAGAUAGAGAUUGAUUAUCGUGGUUACGAAGUUACUGUAGAAAACUUCAUUCGUGUAUUAACUGGGCGUUUACCUCCUUCGACACCUACUUCUAAGCGCCUCAAUACUGACGAGCACAGUAAUAUCCUAAUAUAUAUGACAGGCCAUGGUGGUGAUGGUUUCCUUAAGUUUCAAGAUGAUCAUGAGCUUUCUAACAGUGAACUGGCCGACGCGAUUGAACAGAUGUGGCAAAAACGUAGGUAUCAUGAAUUACUAUUCAUUGUCGAUACAUGUCAAGCUGAAUCAAUGGGCAAGUUGUUUUAUUCGCCUAAUGUAGUAGCCAUCGGUAGCAGUGCUAUAGGAGAAGAAUCAUUAUCUCUCCAUUCGGAUCGCGAAAUUGGGACCUAUGUUUCUGAUCGAUAUUCUUACUAUGCGUUUCAGUUUUUGGAGUCUGUUACUCCUUCGAGCAAAAGAACAUUGUAUGAUUUUUCCCAGUUAUGCUCUUUCUCAUUAUGUCAAUCAACUGUUAUCACUCGAUCUGAUUUAUUUAGACGUGAUAUACGUCGCGUACUUGUUACAGACUUUUUUGGUAGCGUGCGUCAUAUAAUCCCUGGACCAGUUAUAGAAAUUAACAAUUCCACUUUGUAUGAAAACAAUACAUUAAUUAAACACUGAAUCGAAGCAUUUUUCGUACGUUACACCUCUCAACGUGUAUCUGUGAUACUAGUUUUUUAAUUAAUAUAUUAUUGUACAAUCCGUUAGACCGUUUACAUACAUUUUUUCUGUAAUAAUUGUUUUAAAAUUUAUUGAAUUUCGUUAAUAUGCCAUCAUAACUUUUGUAAUACCACAGGGAAGAGCUAUGUUUGUCAAUCGCUAUAAAUUUUCAGCCUAUUCAUGCUAUCAGUAGAACUUUAUGGUUUGACGUUAUCGAAGUAGUUUUUAAUUUCCUAAGUGAUAGUGUAAUUCCGUUCGGUGCGGAAAUACAUGACUGACACCUGUUUCAAAGAUUAGUUGAAGAUAUGAAGUUCUUUGUGACAAUAUUUUCAGAUUGAGGUAUAUCACCGUGUUAUUCCAGUUAUUGUUUACGGUAAAAUGGCGUGGAUGCUAACUGUUUUAUGAACUUGUUUAUCUACAGAGUAUGAUUAAACGGUUAUUUGAGUCCCACUUAACCAUGUGCAGCAUCAUGCUUGUCACUGUUAUCAUUUUCUAUGAGAGAGCAUUAUUUUAACGUUAAACAGCAUCCAACUUCAGGAAUGAUGUCGUUAUACAUUACCCUUGUAAUGUAUGACAACCCAAACACAUCGAAACCACUCGUCGCCAUGCAUUAUAAGACCAGAAGUCGACUACAAAUAACUUGCGGUUAAGUAUUUUCCACACAACCGGUGACACUAGGCAUAAACGGCAGCAGAAGAUUUGUGUAUGUGCGUUUUAAAUGAUGAGCCAAACUGAACGAACAUUACUCAUUAUUCCGAAUAAUCGUUGUGAGAGAUAGGUUUAAUAAUAUGAUACGAAGUCCUGUUUACCGUUGGUCUGACUGCUAAUUACAAUCGUUAAUAUAGCUCAAAAACGAAUAAUAUAUAGUAUGAAAAAGAUACAGGAGUUAGGUAGAGAAAUAGUAAUCGAUAAGUGCAUAAUCGUAGAGAUACAAGGGCAUCAAAAUGAGACAUACAUUUAUGCUAAGGAUCAGGAUCUUAAUGAAGACGGCUGUUCCGAAGGUGAAAAUAACUCAACAGUCACAUGCUGUCUGAGUUAGGUUGAAUAUGUGAGUGCUUAUUAGUAGUAAACACCACAGCGGUCUGUCUUCGUCCAAUUCUCCCGUUUAUUAGCUUUGUUCGUGAGCACGGUUUAACUCAUGAGAACUGUCUAUGUCUUGGAGAGAUCUUCGGGACUGCCAUUCUUUUCAAGCAGUUUUACUUUCAAAAUAAUUUCAUCCAUCCUGUCUGAUACACAGAACAAUUAUAGGACAGUAUUUUCACUUGACACUUCCCGUCGCAAAAGACUGAAAAGUCCCGUAUCAGAGAGGAAUGCAAACUGAAAGAGGCAAAACGAUUUAUAUUUAUUGCAAAGGCUAGUACCACAAAGUUUGCACGAAUUUGACACCUGCGUCUUUCAACCGGUUUAGUAAAGUCGGAAUCUUACAAUGUGUUUGACGUAACUGUAGUUGCUACUCCAACGAAAUUUGUCGAAUAGGCACAGGUCGUAAGCAAGAACCUACAUAACGACAUAAGAGAAAAUCUUACCAUCCUUAAAUGUGGUCGAGAUACUGAAGACUGAUCAUAGUGACAAGUCAGUUAUUUUUCAUAGGGUCUAAGAGAGUGAAAGCUCUGAAUCGAAAACUCGUUUCGAGCAUGAUAUUGGGUUGAUAAAAGAACUACUAAGUCAACCUAUGCUUCAAAAUAUAUCCGGAGUCACCUAGCUAAAGGUGUAUAGAUUAGGUAGUCAAGUAAACUUAAAAACAACUCAUACCAGGCUGCUUAAAGUAGUAAUCAAAUCUCCUAAUGAACGGAAAUUAUUUUUAGAGAAUGGACAUAAAUUAAAGGGUUCAGGAGUUUUCGUCUGUAAGGUCUUGCCUCUGGCAGACUGUGUAAAAAGACGGGAAGCCGAAAAAAACUACAACUUAGGUUAGACGCUGGCCAAAAGGACAAAAAAGCUGUUGUUGAUCACCAACGUAGAUGAUCUAUGUCGAAAUGAUUGGAGGCCUACUCGAGUUAGACAUGAAUGGUGUGACAAACUAGCUAAUGUCGAAGUCACACCUUGUGGUCAGCAUCUUACGUGGACUACCCCAUUGACGUAUCACGGUACCAUAGAUGCUUUGAAGACUGUACAACACAGAGGACGUUAUCACAGAAAUAUAUUAGUUAAGGUAGAUACAAGCGAAAGUAAGACCACUGCCGCAUGGGCCAGUCCAUGGCGUAUGAUUAACUAAUGCGCGUUGGUUGUACAUGACCUUGGCAGGGAGCGACGAUCUGUUCGACAUUCAGUGAUCCAACUGUCGGAUGAUUUGGCUAGGGCUCAGUGACAUUUCACUGGCCCUACAAUACUCCCCCACCAGAUUCAGCGGCCGUUUGAAUCGGUACCAAACAUGUUGGGAGCAGUCGCGCGCCGGAGAGUGCCAGACGAAUAUUAUAAAUCCUCCAGGUAUUGCUUAUCUGUAAAACAAAUGGAAAGGAGGCGGCAGAAACUGGUCGCGAAACAGCGAGUCAUAAUAUGUUAUUAGGACGUUGGUUAAACGUAAAGCGAUUAACCAUAGAAAUAAUGAAAAGAACAAAACGUUUUAUUGUUCUAUCAAGUCGCGCUGAAAUAUAUAGCCUUGACAAGUAAUUCAGUUCCUCCGAUGACAAACGUUAAGUCUGCCGCAAGAGUAAUGAUGCUAUAGCGAUAGUAGGAUAAGUGUAUUAUCAAUCGAUAUCCAUAUUUGUACUGUCAUUAGUUUAAAGUUGUAAGUCGGACAGUGUCGUUGACAGCUAUUAAUUAGUGUCAAAUUCUAGUUAUAUCUAUAUCUAACAGACUAACCGUAAGUACAGAAGUAUAACAGUGAAGAGUGGUCGUGAUUUCGUUGUGCGAAGCUAUUGACCAACUUGUAGUCACAGUUUGAAAAGUCCAUGACUGCUGUUACAGUCAGUAAGGGUUGAAGGCUACAAAUCCACAGCAAAGGUGGCACGAUGAAGUCUCUAAAAGAUGAUAAACGGUGAAUGCUGCGUGUUUGUUCGGUUAGUGAACAGAAAAAUAUCGAAAAGAACAUAAGAAACCAAGAGUGUCACUCUGGACUCAUGUCAAUGAUACCCGUGAAAAACGCUGUCAGUGUUGGGAUAGAGGCGACAAUAUCGUUUUCAGUUUGCAGGAGAUUCGCUCGACUGCAUAAACUGAUGAUUCGCGCGAAUGAUAUUGUCGUCAGACCACCAAUUGAACUGGACAGGUUGUAAAUCGUCGAGUAGUUGAACAGCCGAUUGAUGUACCGGAAUCAUCUGUUAAAUAACAGCCACGAGGAAACAAUACUUCAUAAAAUGAAGUACGACAUCGAAAUAGAACAACUACAAUAGUUCAGAUGUGUUACAAUGUCAAGUCUAAAUAACAUCGUUCUUACGUAUACUGACAGUUGCACUGAACGUUCGUUUAGGUAUGAUUAGCGUAACAGUUGGAUGUGUGAAUAAAAACAUAUACGAAAACUAUGGUUGGGUUCGUGGAGAAUUUUCGAGGACGUUUAGAUAUUUUCCGAACCCGUAUCGCAUGUAAAUAAACCGAAAAUAGAAUUAAAAUGACUGUCGUGUAAUAAGGAAAUGGAGCCAUGAUUACCCGUGUGAAUUAAUAGCAAAUACAAAGGGUAUAAUAAACAUUAAUUAAAAUGGUAACCACCAAUGUAACUAAGGUUUAGAGGGUCCAUGUAACGUGGCCAUUUCGUAAAAGGAUGAUACAAAGAGCUUAUUACCUAGCAUUAAGUGACAUAUUAAGUACGACAACAUGUGUACUUGGGACAUGGACUAAGCGUGCUCGUGUACAUGCAAUAUGUUUUACCACAGUAUGUCGACUAACGAGUCAUAAAUGUACAUGAUUUCGACUAAAACUUGACGGCAGUGACAGAAUAUAUGACUAGUUUACGUGAAAGCAACUACGAAAUGUUAUCACGCAUCAUAAAUAUAGUACGAAAUAAUCUAAUGAAAUUAUGAAACUCGCCUGGGUUACUCUUGCCUCUCAGUAAUGAAGAUAUGAAGUAGGCAGUAGUUUGAAUCUGGAUUAUGUACGAGGUACUGUUGAUUAAAUUUUUCGAUUAACACAGCAUUGUAGACUGACGAACAGUCUAAACGAGAUCUAAGAUCGCAGGAAAUUUAUAGUUCAAACUCACCGUAAAUUUAUAGCAUUCGUAUCCUCUGUUUGGCCAUGGAACUCAGCAAUUGGAAAUUAGGCAGGCAGUGGUAAAAAAGCAGAACAUUCUAGUGGAUAGUGGUUAAGCAGAAAGAUGAAUUUAUAGUCGAUAGUUUAUCUUGUCUUAUUUAUACCAGUGGAUAAGGUACAAAGAGAUAUGCGUUCGUGUUGCCUUGUGGCUAUACUCACGAGUGGUUGAUAUUUUAACAGACAUAUUACACAGGAGCAUUUACAUGCUGCUAAUGCUUGUUAAAGAACCACGAUAGCCGAUUAUAAUCGUAGUUGAUUGGUUAGUUCUGUCGAUUGAACGAAUUAUCUAGGUUUAAAUGCUAAUCAACAUUGACAUGAAGCAACGAAAGUUCACAGUAACAGAUUAACAUAGGCGAUGAUAAAAAUGAAGAAGAAUAAGUAUAGAAUACAAUAAUAAAGAUUAUAGUGAUAGGUUGCGUUAUUCGAAGUCUUGCUCACCAGUGUAGAUCACCAGCGUAGAUGAUCUAUGUCGAAAUGAUUGGAGGCCUACUCGAGUUAGACAUGAAUGGUGUGACAAACUAGCUAAUGUCGAAGUCACACCUUGUGGUCAGCAUCUUACGUGGACUACCCCAUUGACGUAUCACGGUACCAUAGAUGCUUUGAAGACUGUACAACACAGAGGACGUUAUCACAGAAAUAUAUUAGUUAAGGUAGAUACAAGCGAAAGUAAGACCACUGCCGCAUGGGCCAGUCCAUGGCGUAUGAUUAACUAAUGCGCGUUGGUUGUACAUGACCUUGGCAGGGAGCGACGAUCUGUUCGACAUUCAGUGAUCCAACUGUCGGAUGAUUUGGCUAGGGCUCAGUGACAUUUCACUGGCCC